UUUUUAAAAAAACAACUCUUCAUCCUCUCCUUUGUCCCGCUGCUCUAACACCCUCCUCUGUGUGUGUGUGUUUGUGUGUGUGUGUGUGUUCUUGUCUUUGUGUGGCUGUGGUGACGUACGUUACAGAAGCAGAAGAACAUCGCAGGAGCGCUGGCGUUUUGGAUGGCCAACGCCUCGGAGCUGCUCAACUUCAUCAAGCAGGACCGAGACCUGAGCCGCAUCACGCUGGACGCCCAGGACAUCCUCGCACACCUCGUCCAGAUGGCCUUCAAGUACCUGGUCCACUGUCUCCAGGCGGAUCUGAACAACUACAUGCCCGCCUUCCUGGACGACCCCGAGGAACAGAAUCCACAGAGACCCAAGAUCGAGGACGUACUUCACACGUUGACGGGGGCGAUGUCGUUGCUUCGGCGAUGUCGAGUGAACGCCGCUCUCACCAUCCAGCUGUUCUCUCAGCUCUUCCACUUCAUCAACAUGUGGCUCUUCAACAAGCUGGUGACGGACACAGACUCGGGGCUGUGCUGCCACUACUGGGGGGCGAUCCUCCGGCAGCAGCUCAGCCACAUCGAGGCCUGGGCCGAGAAACAGGGCCUGGAGCUCGCUGCGGACUGCCACCUCAGCAGAAUCGUACAG